UGCCCCUCGCACAUCAGCGCGGCUUCAUAAGUGGUCCUCUGGCCUGUCUGGUCGCUACUGCUAUAAAGAGAGGGCUACUCGCCGUAAAAUGGUGACGCUGGCUACACUAUGCCGCUCACUCCCGGUCUUACUCUUUUCCACCUCCGAGGCCCAAGCCCUCAGAUCGCCCCUCCCCGGAGAGGACAGGCGAAGAUGUGGGAUUUCCAAAGCUUAUUGGACGCCGGUGGUGUCGCUCUGGGGGGCCGCCGGGCCCGUAGCGGCAAGCACCGCCCCUCUCGGACGGUGAUUGGGCUCGCCUGAGUAGACCCGGGCUGGGAUUGGUGCGAGGAAGGGCCAGAGCCUUCGGGCACCUUGGACCGGAGCGCGGGGAGGCGGUGGCAGCCGAGGAGCCGGCGGGGGCUCGCAGCUCCCUCACCCGCCUCGUGCCUUCUGCGGAGGGCCCCGUGGAGGGAAGGAGCGAGCGGCCUCCCUACCGCAUCACGCGGGGGGCGAGGGUGGCACUUGUCGCGUGUCGGGCGCGGGACCAGUGGGGUGGGCGGCGGGAGGGGGGUGGUAGCGGAGGGCGUUAGAGGUGCAGAAAUCCAAGAGUCGGCAGCAGGACUAGCUGGAGACCUAGACCUGGAAGCGCUUCUGGGGAGGAGGACGUAGGGGGCAGAGGAGGGCGUGGGCGUGUCUGGUAUGGGAUGCCAGGCGGAGGAGGGGGCCCUGCUGAACAGAUCUGUGGGUGGAUACUUUGAGGAAUCCUCUUCCUUUUUUUCCCUUUGAUUUGCCUAAGAGAGAGUCCCCAUGGUCUCUGUUCAAGUUUCGGAAACCUCUUUGGGUGGGCCUAAUCACCUACUACUUCUUUAUAGAACUGCCCAGGGCCUUUUCUGAUACUGAGCACAAACGUGGGGAAUAUGGCAGAAAACAGGAAGCCGCUGCUGGGCUUCGUGGGCAAACUCCCCAGUGGGACCACACUUGGGAACUCAGGCAAGACUCACUGUCCUUUGUGCAUGGGGCUUUUCAAAGCCCCCAGGCUCCUGCCUUGUUUGCACACAGUUUGCACCACCUGUCUGGAGCAGCUGGAACCCUUCUCAGUAGUGGACAUCCGAGGGGGAGAGUCUGACACAGGCUCUGAGGGGUCACUAUUCCAGGAACUCAAGCCGCGCACUCUGCAGCCGCAGAUCGGCAUUCUCUGUCCGGUAUGUGAUGCUCAAGUGGACCUGCCCAUGGGUGGAGUGAAGGCUUUAACCAUAGACCACCUGGCCAUGAAUGAUGUGAUGCUGGAGAGUCUGCGUGGGGAAGGCCAGGGCCUGGUGUGUGACCUGUGCAGCGACAGGGAAGUGGAGAAGAGGUGUCAGACCUGCAAAGCCAAUCUCUGCCACUUCUGCUGCCAGGCUCAUAGGCGGCAGAAGAAAACGACUUACCACACCAUGGUGGACCUCAAGGACUUGAAAGGCUGCAGCCGGAUUGGGAAACCCAUCCUGUGUCCUGCUCACCCUGCGGAGGAGCUGAGGCUGUUCUGUGAGCUCUGCGACCAGCCGGUGUGCCGGGACUGCGUGGUCGGGGAGCACCGGGAGCACCCGUGCGACUUCACCAGCAACGUCAUCCACAAGCACGGGGACACUGUACGUGAGCUCCUCAAAGGCACCCAGCCCCACGUGCAGGCCCUGGAGGAGGCCCUGGCCCAGAUCAAGGGGACAAACAGUGCCCUGCAGGCGCGGGUGGAGACUGUGGCCAACGACGUCCGAAGCUUCUCUGAGGGUUACAUCAAGGCCAUUGAGGAGCAUCGGGACAAGCUGCUGCAGCAGCUGGAAGACAUACGGGUCCAGAAGGAAAACUCCCUGCAGCUGCAGAAGGCACAGCUGGAGCAGCUGCUGGAAGACAUGCGGACUGGAGUGGAGUUCACCGAGCACUUGCUGACCAGUGGCUCGGACUUGGAGAUCCUCAUCACCAAGGGGGUGGUCGUGGAACGGCUCACAAAGCUGAACAAAGUGGAAUAUAGUGCCCAUCCCGGGGUGACCGAGAAGAUUGCCUUCUCCCCUAAAAAGAAAGCAGGCCUGUGCCGGGGCUAUGAAGUCUAUGGGGCCAUCAGUACCAAAGAGGUUGAUCCAGCCAAGUGUGUUCUUCAAGGAGAAGAUCUCUACAGAGCCCGCGAGAAACAGACCGCCUCUUUCACCCUGCUUUGUAAGGAUGCAGCAGGAGAGAACAUGGGCAAGGGAGGAGACAACAUCCAAGUCGCGGUAGUCCCUAAAGAUAAGAAAGACAGUCCAGUCAAGACGAUGGUCCACGAUAACAAGGACGGGACAUACUGCGUGUCCUACACCCCCAAGGACCCUGGUGUCUACACUGUGUGGGUGUGUGUCAAGGAGCGGCAUGUGCAGGGCUCGCCAUUCACCGUGACCGUGAGGAAAAGGCACCGCUCACACCCAGGCGUCUUUCACUGCUGCACGUUCUGCUCCAGCGGAGGCCAGAAGACUGCUCGCUGCGCGUGCGGAGGCACCAUGCCAGGUGGGUACCUAGGCUGUGGCCACGGACACAAAGGCCAUCCAGGUCGUCCCCACUGGUCUUGCUGUGGGAAGUUUACGGAGAAGUCUGAAUGCACGUGGGCAGGUGGGCAGAGCGCACCGAGGAGUCUACUGAGGACGGUGGCGCUCUGACGGCUUCCUGGGUACGUGGUCACAGCUGCCGCCGGCGUGACUUCAGAUCAUCAGAGGACCCCGACCUUAAUUCUGCAGAAACCGAUAGAAUUAAAUUAAAGCGCCUUAUGUUAUACCCUCGAGUUCAAGUACUUUUUGUGAGUUACUCAGGAUCGUAUGUGCAGAUGGUUGAGCACCAGAGAACGCACUACGCUCCUCUUCCGGACGGGGUGGCAAUGUCCUUUCUCUACCAGGGAGGCUCCCUUGGCUUUGAACAGGCAUGGCGGUUCCUGUGCUGUUGAUCACGGGGGUCAUUUAGUUCCUUACUUUUUAGUAUAUAACUCUUUAAUUUCUCCCUGAGCUGCAUGGUAUUUAUUUCCCUCAGAGAGUAAAAACCUCCUUGGAUCGUAUCCACUUUUUGCUAGCACACUUUAAAUGGAUUAUAAUGUGAUAUUGCUGUUAGGGUGGAGGUCCUCCACGUCCCCUCUAUGCCACAUUCAUCACCUACUCCCAGAGCCUGGAAGAUUUACUCUGUGGUCAAGGGCACACACACAGUCAGUUAAGUAAAGGGGAAUGCUGUUGACACAGAACCUCAUACAUUUCUU